AUGGCACCUACUGAUUUCUACGACGACGACCUAUAUGAUGGGGACGACUAUGAGCAAGAUCAAGAGGAGGAGCUGAGCCCCGAGGACAAGCAAGCCAUGGAGAAGGGCACUGCCGAUGUAAAAAUAGCCCUUGGUGCCAAUGCUGGCAAAGUGACUGUCAAGCAGAUACAAGAGGCGCUAUGGCACUAUUUUUACGAUGUAGAGAAAUCUGUCGCCUACUUGAGCAGGACCUUUAUUGUACCACCACCGUCUAAACCAACACCGAAGAAAGCCCUAGAGAGUAAGUUGCAUGAGUUCUCGUUUUCACCUUCACUUGGUCUGUUUGUAAGAUGGACUGGAGCGGCGAAGACCUUACCACUGUCGGACUCGUCGCAAAUAUCCAAAGCACUGCCCCUGCCGCCUUGCAGAGCCUCCAGCUUCAGAUCAAAUUCGAAGCUGCUUCAAACAGAGUUCGAUGACAUGCCCUGGUUAAAUACACCAGAGAGUCGUCGAGCUACAUUUGUAGCACCCUCCAAGCCGCGAGGCGGAUUACUUGGCGGGGCGGGAGAGGCCCCGAAAAUGUCCAAGCUGCAAGCCCUCGCGGCCGCCAGGAAAAAGAAGAACGACGAAAAGAAAGAGUACGCAAACGCUUCACGGGCAGAAAGUGGCAUGAAAAGAUUGUCAAUCGCAGAUGGUCCCCAGAGAGAACACAACAUGGGAGCCUCAAGCCCUUCAAAGCGGUUGCGUGGUCCUGUCAUGCAUGCUUUAUCGCGAGAAACAUUGGACAGAUGUGACUGCCGGCGCCAGACCUCUCAAAAUACAGAAUCCAGUGUUGAUCCUAUCGAAGCCAAAGCUUCGCAACAAGAGUCAAACGAAGCGAAUCAAUACCCUCGGGUUCAAAGGGAGGAACAAGAAGAAAGCGAUGCAGAGCUAGUUCGCACAUGUGCGCCAUCAGCCUUCGCCCAGAUUUUAUCCGGUCCUGCUCCAGAUAAUCGUCAAGCAAACAGGCCUGGUUUCUAUGCAAUGCCAUACGCUGCCUCAUCAUCCUUUCUUGCUACAGCAUUCUCUAAUCCCAGUCCGGAUGAUGUCGUCCUAGCAGCACAAGCAAAAGCCGGCAAGAAGACCACAGCUUCUGUCAAAGCGGUAUCCACAGGGGCUAAAAAAGACAAGAAAUUCGAUACUGCCUCUCAAGAUGCAGAUGUGGUACAUGGGGUCUCGAACCUGAAGGUCAGCGACGUUCCGCCCCCAAAGAGCAAAGGCCUUGAUGUAGCCAAGGAGUACGAGCGGAGCAACAGUAAAAAGAGCAUCAGCUUCGUUGUUGUCGGACAUGUUGAUGCCGGUAAAAGUACGCUUAUGGGCCGCCUUUUGCUUGAACUGAAAUACGUUCAAGAGCGCACAGUGGAUAAGUAUCGCCGACAAGCAGAGAGGACUGGAAAGCAGUCUUUUGCUCUUGCCUGGGUCCUGGACCAGAGAACUGAAGAAAGGGAACGUGGCGUUACAAUCGACAUCGCCACCAACCACUUUGAAACUUCAAACGCGAAGUUUACCGUCUUGGACGCCCCUGGUCACAGGGAUUUCGUCCCGAAUAUGAUUGCAGGUGCUAGCCAAGCAGAUUCUGCCAUUCUUGUGAUUGACGCAAAUACUGGAGCUUACGAAAGAGGCCUGAAGGGGCAAACGAGAGAGCAUGUAUUGUUGCUCCGCAGUUUGGGUGUCCAGCGCCUGAUUGUUGCCGUCAAUAAAUUGGACAUGAUUGGUUGGUCACGAGAUCGGUUCGACGAAAUUUCACAGCAAGUCAUGGGAUUUCUCACAGGCUUGGGUUUUCAAAGCAAAUUGGUAAGCUUCAUUCCAGUCUCAGGCUUGAAUGGAGACAAUAUCGCCAGUAUGACAGAGGAUACAUCUGCAACGUGGUAUCAAGGCCCAACACUCAUUACAUCAUUGGAAGAUUUGGAGCCUUCGACGGCCCGUGCCAUUGAGAAACCCUUCCGAAUGUCGAUUUCAGAAGUGUUUCGAUCCCAACAACAGGGCACCACAACACUUGCUGGCCGAAUUGACGCAGGAAAUAUUCAGAUUGGCGACGCAGCUAUUGUGCAGCCCAGUGGAAAAGCCGCGUAUAUUAAAUCCAUCAUGGUGGAUACUGAAGCUCAAGACUGGGCAGUCGCCGGCCAGAGCGUUACGAUUGCCUUGACUGACAUUGAUCCUAUUCACAUGCGUGUUGGCGACAUCCUGUGCAGCACCGUCGACCCAAUCCGCGUUGGGGACAACUUCACUCUGAAGGCCAUGGCAUUCGAGCAUUUAGUGCCGAUGCCAGUAGACCUUCACCGUGGGCGUCUCCACGUGGCUGGACAAAUCCAGUCAAUACCCGCCACUCUCGACAAGGCUACCGGGGAAAUCCUUAAGAAGAAACCCAAGGUGGUUCAGCCCGGGAGCGUGGCUCGCGUGAUGAUCAAGCUGGGCUCCAAGGUUCCGUUGGAAAAGGGUCAGAGAGUUGUCCUUCGCCGUGGCGGGGAAACCAUCGCAGCCGGCUUGUUGGAAUAA